ACGUCAUCACGUAUGACAUGCGCAGUGACCUGCGCGGAAAGAAACGAAUGUUGUUGCUCCUCCGUCUCCUACUUUUUGACUGUUUAAUCGAGUUUUAAAGAUGACGAAGACAGGAAAACCGGACUCUUACUGGGCUGGUGUUAUGCAGCUGUAUGCUCAGGGCAAGUUCCGAUUUACCACCGGGAAGAGACCUGGAGCCAGAAGAUGGAAAUCUGUCAUCCAGCGGAUAGACACAUGCCCACUGACUCCUGCCUUCAACCAAAAAGUCAGGACAAUCGACAUAUUUGGGAAAAAAAUUCCCUGCAACUGUGGUUAUCAUACGAGCAAUGUUGUGAACAUUGUGGGAAAAAGGUCAUGGGUGCAGUUGGUUUGCUUCAUCAUAUUGAAGAAGGUCAUGAGCCACCAGGCAAAACAUCACCAUCUAUGCCAGACCAACAUCAAGUAUUUAAACUACAUGGGAUACCAGCAACUUCACCCCAUAAACCAGCAGCAUCUCCCCAGAAACCAGCAAUACUUCCCCAGAAACCAGCAGCAUCUCCCCAGAAACCAGCAACACCUCCCCAGAAACCAGCAAUACUUCCCCAGAAACCAGCAGCAUCUCCCCAGAAACCAGCAACACCUCCCCAGAAACCAGCAAUACUUCCCCAGAAACCAGCAGCAUCUCCCCAGAAACCAGCAACACCUCCCCAGAAACCAGCACUUGAGCCACAACAGUGCCUUGCAACAGUGCAACACCCCCAGCCAACUCCUUCAGUUGCUUCAUCUAUUCCCCACCUUAGGCCUCCGGAGGUGAAUUGGGUCAGCUUUCUUCCCAAGCAGUUUUUGCGGGUCAUCAAGCCAGCAGACCAGCAAUGGAUUGCACAGUGCCUUUAUAAUUCUACUGGACAGUUUAAACAACACUUCUCACAAAACUGGUUUCAUCCACCCUCUCUACCAAAGAUAAUGAAUGCACCUCCAGAUCCCCUGGUCUACUUCAGGCAGAGGAUGUUUUUAUGGGCACCUAUGCGGAUGUGGGGUAUUUCUCUUAAGUGUCAUCAAUGCAACACCAAGAUGCAUCACUCUGGGAUCUACACAAAGGUCAGAGAAGUUAUAGAUCUUGAUUCAAGAUAUUAUUUGAUUGGGGGAGAUUAUCCACGGUGCAGUAAAUGCAUGAUUCCUGUUUGUCCAUGGAGCACAGAGGUGCUAAAUCAGUUAGAUCCUGCCCAUAGAAACAGGUUUCCAGCCAUUCUCACCACACAACUGGCUCUGGACAAAAGGUGUGUGACUUUGCUGAAACCACGCACUGUUGGAAAUAGCUCCAGUUACGUGCAGCAAGCAUUAGAAGAACUGCACAGUGAGGAGUGGGCAAAACGCACCAUCGAUUAUCUGACUGACUGUGAGCUUCACAAGAAGAAGAGCGCGUUAAGUAGGAUCCAUGAAGUGGUCUAUCAGAAUCCACCAGAGUUUAGCCCCCUUCCUCUUGCACAGUGGUUUGAGACUGUGCA